AUGACGGGCAAAGGUACAUUCCAUGGUAUAGGUGGAAUCAGAUGUGUGACUCCAAGCAGAGCUAUAGAACGUCAGAAACCAAAGGAAAAGGGGACUGAUGAUCCAACAGGUGCUCUAACGCCAGAAGAAGUGCAGUUUCAAGUGGACUUGCAAACUGCAAUUCAGAGAUCCCUCGAAGACAGUUAUUUGAACAAUAACCAGUCAGCCGCUGACACUUCUGAGAGCACAAAAAGUGACAAUCAGCAAACGCCAGCUACUGUGGACAACAACGAAACGUUAACUGUCUCACCUGAAGAUGAAAGUGAAGAAAAUGCUGACGAUGAAAAGACUGAAUCUGCUGUCGAAGACCAGCCCAGUGAACAGCACGAAGCACGAGCUCUUGAACAACAGGAUGACAAUGAAGAAGAAUCCUCCUCAGCAGACAGUGGCAGAAAGUAUUAUCCAGCGAGGAUUUCUCCGACUCCACCAGACGAGGCACGUGAUUAUUCAGAGAUAGAAAUCACUAGCGAGACUGAGACUAGUGAGGACGAUUCGGAAGUUGUAUUUCGGAAUGACUUGAUGCCACAGCAACAGUAUGGUUUUGAUGCAACAAACAUUAAAAGCGAGAUUCAAUCUCACGAAGAAACAGUUUCUAAUGAAAAAUACACGGAAGAGAUGCAAGCUUCACAGUAUCUACAUGGUCAGAAAUUACAAGAGAAGCCACAACAGUCUAUUGCUACGGAAAAGGAGUUGGCAGAAAAGCCACAGUCUCAGCAAAUUAUUGCUGAGAAUGUCACUGACCAAACAGCUGCGAGCCUCCAAAAUACGGAUAUUACAGAGGGUCAGUACCAGAAACUAAGACCCACAGCGAACCAGAACCAGUUGGUAUCAGCAGAAAAGAUCAAUUAUCAAAACGAGCUGCUGACAGAUGAGCAGACAAACCUUAAAGGAAAAAAUGACAAAGCUUUGAAUACCCAUACAGAGCUUGGAUAUGUCUCUAUCACCCCACAUGAGGCCAACUCUACAAUGACUCCGGAAGAGGCCUACGCGUUACUUUUGGAAGACAGUCACUACGAACAGUCAGUAGCCAACCAGAGCCUAGACCGCCCGGAUUUUUUGAGACUGGUCCCUUCAUUUUACCAGAAUGGUGGCACACUGCGCCCAAAUUUUGUAGUAGAUAAAGAAGGAGGUGAAGCUACUGGCAACGUGCCACCAAAGGGCACAGAUAUCGAGGACGACUCUUCUUUGGAUGAGCUGACUGAUAGUUUUGAUAUUGUUAAACAAGAUAUCAGCGUUAUUCGGGAGGAUAUACUCCGUCGCGCAGAGCGAUACGGCCGCCAUGUUAACACAGACGUGAUUAACGACCAGCGCCCGCUUCCGCCGCAGAUCCAAGAUCCACCUGAUCUGAUUCAGCACAAAGACAUAGAUAAAGAAAAGCAAGACGAGGAAAAAGAAAACGAAGUCUCUGACCAGCAACCUGUGGUACCAGUUGCAAACGGCAUCUCUAACGGCGAGGAUUCUAAUGGUGAACCUCUUAAAGAGCUUGACAAUGUUGUGGAAGACGAGAUUGGUCCGGAAAUUGACUAUGAAGUACCGCAGGAGCAAAGUAACAUAAUCCAAGCAGCCAUCAAGAACUACCUCCGCACAUUUGGAAUUCCUGUCCAUCGAGUGGUCAGCGUGUUAUUCGUUGAAGGCGAUCCUUUGGUACCUGAUGAAAACUCUGCCAAUGGAGAACAUGCCAUUGGAGAACAAGUCAGUAAUGAGGAUUCCUCUGAGCAGAAAGAUAACCCAAGUCCUACGGAUGAUGGGGCACCACACAGCGAUGAGGAAACGGACGAAGAUCCUGAAGAAGAUUUGGACCACCCACAUGCCACUGACUGCCCAGCAAGCAGCAGAAUCACCACCAGCAAUCGCAACAUCAGCCUCAACAUGGCCAGCACCAUUAUCAGCUGCAGCAUCACCAGCAAUAUCAGCAGUCAAACUAUCACCAGAAUGCUACCAGCAACAGCACCAACUACAAUGCACACAGUAGUACCUGCAGGUGCUCCUAGAAAUGUGUAG